UGACAAAAUUGAAAACUCGAUCAGUUUAGCUUUCGGUCUGACAAAAUAAUACAAUCUAAAUAGCUGGAAACACACAGAAACAAAUAGAAAACACAACUGGAAAGGAGAAAAAUGUCGGCACCAAGGUUCGCUUGGGUUGCACUUGGAGUUCUACUCUUCUUUAUAUCCAGUGAAAAUGUCUCCAGUGAGAAAAUACGUCUCGUCAAAAAGAAAGAAGAAACAGUUUCACCAUUUAAAAAGAGCGACAUAGGAAAUUUUGACCUCAAAGCAUAUUCGAGAAGUAUCAAACCAGAAAAUUGCAAGAACACAAAGACAAAACUACAAUGUGCUAAGAUGUUGAAAGGAGAUCCGAAUGCUUGCCUGAUUAAUCGACAACUGAUGAGCGACUAUUGCAAACUGACGUGUCGUUUUUGUAGCCCUUAUAGUAAAGCACAGAAGACGAAAAUCAAUAGGGAAUGCAAAAAUCACCAUGCAAAAUGCAGCCUCUGGGCAAAGGAAGGAGAUUGCAUGCAUUACUCUGCAUUCAUGUUGGAUGUCUGUAAAAAGAGUUGUCAGAUUUGUGGAAACGAUAAUCCUUCAGUGGCUGACAGGGAUGAACGAUGUCCAACGUGGGGUAGAACAGGAUUCUGCGGGAUCAAGAUGUAUAAUCGGAAAAUGAGAAGACUUUGUCCCUACAGUUGCCAAAAAUAUUCAAACCGUCGCUACACGGUUAAAUAUGCCAAACCUCCAAAGCGCCGUUCCCCACGCCCCACGGCUGCUCCCAAACCUACGAAACCCACACCACGACCGACGCCACCUCUUACCCAGGACGAAAAGGAGGACAUGAAGGAGGCUCUGGAGGAAUACGCGGAAGAAGAAGAGUCAAGAUUAAGAGAAAAAGAAGAACAACGACAGCAGGAGGAAGAGGAAGCAAAGAUUACACCACUGGAAGCACCGCCUGUCCUCAGAUCUGAGAAACCAUUACCAAUUCCGGCUCCCGCACUAUCCCCGAUAUCAUUGGACGAUCUAAACAUCGACAUACCGAGUGAAUACGAAGGUGGAACGGCCCCGCACGAGAAGAAGACUAGAAUCCUCUGAAGAGAGCCCUUAUCUUUUCUACGAAAGAUUACAAGAAUCAAAUAGCAACAAUCAGUGACCAAGACUGCAGAUAUACGAGAUCGGCUACAGGACUGGAGAUAAUUUCGACUCCUGUAUAUUUUUAUUAAAAAGUGUAUAUAAGUGUGAAAUAUUCUAAAAUCAAUUUUCUCUUCUACGCUAAAUGAUUAGAACAAGUAAGAAAACUGUUGCUAGUUCUAGCAUAUGUGAUUCUAUGUAACCAUACAACAGUGUGUUCGUUUUUUAGAAAAAUAUAACGUUGCUU